UUGAUCAUCUGUUUUUCUCUAGCUAGGUGUUGACUCUGCUAACCGGGAUCCCCCUGUGGUUUCGAGCUUGGACCUCAGGAGCAGGAAGAAAUGUAGCUCAGCCGCUUGUAGCAGAAAGCAUAUGGACAGAUCUGUGUCACGGCAUUUAGGCCUUGAAUAAAAUUCGAGAAUGCUUGUUCCAUUACGAAAAACAGAAGUGCAGAAACCACAGAGGUGCUAAGAGAUGGCACUUGUGGGGCUUGUCUCUGCCUGAGAAUUGGGCGCUCCAGGCACCGGAAGAGCCAACUCGGAUCCUGGACUCCUCGCUUGAGCAAGCCUUCCCUUCCAGCCAUUCCAGUCCAGCGGCCAAACUACUCAUUUUCUCUUAAUGAUGGGUAUUGGUAAGAACACUACGUCCAAAUCCAUGGAGGCUGGAAGUUCAGCUGAAGGCAAAUAUGAAGAUGAAGCAAAGCACCCCGCUUUUUUUACUCUUCCGGUGGUGAUAAAUGGAGGUGCCACGUCCAGCGGUGAACAGGACAACGAAGACACCGAGCUCAUGGCAAUCUACACGACCGAAAACGGCAUCGCAGAAAAGAGCUCUCUCGCCGAGACCUUGGAUAGCACUGGCAGUCUAGACCCCCAGAGAUCGGACAUGAUUUACACCAUAGAAGACGUCCCCCCUUGGUACCUGUGCAUAUUUCUGGGGUUGCAGCACUACCUGACCUGCUUCAGUGGCACCAUUGCUGUGCCCUUUCUGCUGGCUGAUGCCAUGUGCGUGGGGUACGAUCAGUGGGCCACCAGCCAGCUCAUCGGGACCAUUUUCUUCUGCGUGGGAAUCACGACUUUGCUGCAGACAACGUUUGGAUGCAGGUUACCCCUGUUUCAGGCCAGUGCUUUUGCAUUUCUGGCCCCUGCUCGAGCCAUCCUGUCUUUAGAUAAAUGGAAAUGUAACACCACAGAUGUUUCAGUGUCCAAUGGAACAACAGAGCUGUUACACACAGAGCACGUCUGGUAUCCCCGGAUACGUGAGAUCCAGGGCGCCAUCAUCAUGUCCUCACUGAUAGAAGUGGUCAUUGGCCUCCUAGGCCUGCCCGGGGCUCUGCUGAAGUACAUCGGGCCCCUGACCAUCACGCCCACAGUGGCCCUUAUCGGGCUGUCUGGGUUCCAGGCGGCGGGAGAGCGAGCGGGGAAGCACUGGGGCAUCGCCAUGCUGACAAUUUUCCUAGUAUUACUGUUUUCGCAGUACGCCAGGAACGUGAAGUUUCCUCUCCCAAUUUACAAAUCCAAGAAAGGAUGGACUGCAUACAAGUUACAGCUUUUCAAAAUGUUCCCUAUCAUCCUGGCCAUCCUCGUGUCGUGGCUGCUGUGCUUCAUCUUCACAGUGACAGAUGUCUUCCCUCCUGACAGCACCAAGUAUGGCUUUUAUGCUCGAACAGAUGCCAGGCAGGGCGUGCUUCUGGUAGCACCGUGGUUUAAGGUCCCGUACCCGUUUCAGUGGGGACUGCCCACCGUCUCCGCAGCUGGCGUCAUCGGCAUGCUCAGCGCCGUCGUUGCCAGUAUCAUCGAGUCUAUUGGGGACUAUUACGCCUGUGCUAGGCUGUCCUGCGCCCCGCCGCCUCCCAUCCAUGCGAUAAACAGGGGGAUUUUCGUGGAGGGUCUCUCCUGUGUUCUCGAUGGCAUAUUUGGUACUGGGAAUGGCUCUACUUCAUCCAGUCCCAACAUUGGAGUUUUGGGAAUUACUAAGCAAAAGCUCCUGGUCUUUCCUUCUCCUGCCACCCAGAGAGACCAAGUGGCUUGCCCUGGUCCACCGGUUGGAGUGGAGUGGGGGUACAGACCAGGCGGAGGUGCUGAGAAUCUACACUCCUUGGCCUCCAGGCCGUGCCACCUCUCACAGGUGGGCAGUCGGCGGGUGAUCCAGUAUGGCGCGGCCCUCAUGCUGGCUCUCGGCAUGAUCGGGAAGUUCAGCGCCCUGUUCGCCUCCCUCCCGGAUCCGGUGCUUGGCGCCCUCUUCUGUACUCUCUUUGGAAUGAUCACAGCUGUUGGGCUCUCCAACCUGCAGUUCAUCGACUUAAAUUCUUCCCGGAACCUCUUUGUGCUGGGAUUUUCAAUCUUCUUUGGGCUCGUCCUUCCAAGUUACCUCAGGCAGAACCCUCUCGUCACAGGCAUAACAGGGAUCGAUCAGGUGUUGAACGUUCUUCUCACAACUGCUAUGUUUGUAGGAGGCUGCGUGGCUUUUAUUUUGGAUAACACCAUCCCAGGUACUCCAGAGGAAAGAGGAAUCCGGAAAUGGAAGAAGGGCGUGGGCAAAGGGAGCAAGUCACUCGAUGGCAUGGAAUCCUACGAUCUGCCAUUUGGCAUGAACAUUAUUAAAAAAUACAGAUGCUUCAGCUACUUACCCAUCAGCCCAACCUUUGCGGGCUACACGUGGAAAGGCCUCGGGAAGAGUGCCACCAGCCGGAGCUCAGACGAGGACUCGCAGGCCACAGUAUAGCUGUAGCUGCGCCUGUGGCUUGGCCGCAGUGAGGCAUGAGUCUGUAGUUUUUGCUGAGUAACAAGCAGUAACCUAUAUGUUUGUAUAUCUGCAUUUACAUUCUGCACCCAGAGCUAAGAUGAUUACAAAUAGCUUUUUUGUUGUGGGUGGUGAUCGUGUCUAAUAUCGUGUCUCACCUGUCUCCUUAUUUAAGCCCUGUCCCUUGCCUUUGAGAGCGUCCAUUGAACUUGAAGUUCCUGUCCUCCUGUGGGAGUGGGUGUUUAAAUCCACAGCAGUUCCUUGGUUUCGGUCUCCUGCCCCCACCCUGGGCUAGCUUUCCUAGCCUCUGGGGUGCAGGGGAUUUCUGUCCCAGAAGCACCUGGACCCGCGUCUAUUUUAUUUGACCUCAGCUUGUACCGCAUAGACCCCCUCUAGUCAGGGGGUACCAGUGUCCUCUCACUGUCACAUCUGACUGGUCAGAUGUGAUUCUGUGUCCCCUGAUGCUCCUAUAGCAGGAAACUAUUGACCCAAUUGAAAAUCGCCAAUGUGGUUCCCCUAUAUCUGCGUGUGGGUAAGCUCUGUACAGGUGUUAGUGGAACUGAAAUCUGGGGGAUUGGAGGGGAGGGGAAAGCACCUUGAAGUCGAUAUCUGAUUCUCACCUGCUCUCUCGUGGUGCCACCCUGGCCUGGGCUGGGCCAGCACAUUUCAUACUGGCCUCUUUUUCACUAUAAUUGAGACACUCUAUCUGACAUUUUCUCACUCACCAGGCUGGUGUCGUGGGUAUAGAGUGCCACCCAAGGGCACUAAGCAAAUGUUGAUGGGAGUCUUGACUCUGCUGUCAUGUGGAUGUCAGUUCUUGUUGCGCGUGUCUAUAAAUUACAAGUUUUUAUUCCUAUUUAAUGUUAUUGACUAUAACAGGUUUUUGAAAUCAGUGUUUUUCCAUGUGACCCUCUUACCUUGCAUCCCUGUUACUUGUCCCCCACCCCUCACUUCCCACGAAGAAAAGAACCCGCGUUUAUACAGCUGUGGAUGCCAUCAGGGAAGCUUGUCGUCAAGGCUUUUGAAGGCCAGUAACCAUUAUUGUGGUUGUGUUUUGUAUUGCUUGAUACCAUGAACAUGUAAAUACUGUAAUGCCUAAUCUAUUUAUCAAAACUGACUACUGGACCAGAGCCCAGAAACCGUGGGUUGAGUUACACGUGAAUUUGUUUUGUGAAGAAGGGAAGCUGGGACAGGGAACAACAGAGCCUCCAUAUCGAAUGGUUGGGCAUCCUGGUAAAUUCAUCCCUGUAGUUCUGCUGCGAGUUGUUUGUGGCAGUUAAGGCUUAAGGAGACUUUUCUGUGGGUUGCCAUGUGGAAUGUCCACUGGAUUUUGGUUUUGGAGAGGGGAAAAUUAGACCCCCUGGUCAAAUGCUGCCUUUCUUGUUUAAGUUAUUGCAGAAGGUGGUAAGAAAAGCAGUAAGCAGGGUCCCUUCUGUUGAUUUCUCAUCAAUAACACUAAAUCCUAUGUGAAAAAGUUACUUCUAUGGAAUUUGGUUUGAAAGUUUUCAGCCCAGGGAAAACCCUGAAACACAAGGUAGCACCCUCACUACAUGAGGUGGUGCUUUAUUAAUCUGGUUGAGCCUUGGGCAGCCAUGGGUGUUCUCGUCUCUGACAGCAGGGCAUGGUUCUCAGCAAUCCUGUGUCCACAAGGUCUGUUUCCUGCCCCCACAGCUGGCUCUCCUCCACCGUGUUCGGGUGUCUUGGCAACUUUGUUGUGCCACUAUCGCCUCCUCGAUUCCUGGGAAGUUUGGGGCUUCAAGGCGUCCUCUGGCAAGAAUAGUUCAGAGCCACUGUGUCGUUUUUGCAAAGAUCUUAUUGCAGAUUAAGAUUAAGAAAUGAGAUUCUAAGUUACAUCUAAUUUUGUAUGUUGUUUUUAAAAAUUGUAUCUGAUGCAUAGUUAACUGUAGAAGCACAUGGGUUAACGGUUUUCAUCCCUUUAACUUGGUUAACACUCAGUGCCGACAGCCCCCCUGCACUGAGUUGCUCUGUUUCCUUCUGUUUGUGUUUUGCUCAGCAUCUCUAAUUUCUCUGUUAUAAAUAGUGGGGGAAACUCUUAAACAUGCCAGAGAUUUUCAGUAUUCUAGUUCUCUAGGUGAGCAGAAGGACCAAAUAUCCAAAUAAAAGCAUCUGAACCAUUGGGUGAUUUAACCUGACUGGUAUCUUCCCUCCUAGUGAGUGACACUCAGGGUAUGUGCCUCAAACAGCCAGAAACCCACUCCCUUCUGAAAACCCUCCUUGGGCUGGGUGUUAUUGGGAGGUUCCAAGUCUGUCUGUUUGGGGGAUGUCUCCUGCAAGCAUUUAAAUGUGGAGGGAAGCCAUGUAGCCACACCUUCUGUUAGAGAUGAAGGGUUUUGCCCUUCUUUUUCCGUUGGGGCCAGCUCUAGAUUCCCUGUCUAAGGCAAGGGGAAGGGGACAGGAGUUAGGGAGGAAAGAGGGCAGCCCAACUAAAGGUCCCAUUGAGUCUGGUACUUUGUGCACAGCCUGUGAAACUCACUUUCACUUGCGUGAUUGGAGUCUCCUGAUAAUGAAUAGAUCUUGUAUGCGCAGCACACACAACCAUGGUCGAAAGUGGUCCUCCUGCUGGCAAAUAUGCUACAGAGUCUCUGUAAUUAAAAGAAGAAUGUAUUUGUCUGCUCCUUAGGCUUAAGCACAUGUCUGAAAGGUUUUGGGAGACGAAGUGGCCAUGUGCAUUUACAUCUUUGGCCAGCAUUGCUGGGGCCGCAUAUUCACCAUGCUUGGGCCAAUAGAACAUUUUAAAAUAUUUUGGAGUGUAAAUGUUCUUGGACACGGCAUUCAGACUUGAGUUUCCAAAGUGACUACCUACCCACCAUCUUUACAUUGACCUUGGCCAUCUUGAUGUGAGAAGUAGAAAGUUUUUAGAAGGACAGUAGAUAACUGUCCUAUCAAGGUGGAGACAAGGGAGAUCCCACCACUGGUUUAAUUAAAAAAAAAAAAAAUCUAACACGGUUCAUAGAGUAAUGGGAAAUGGCUCCAGUGGUUGUCUCAUUAGGGAAUUAAACUUAGAUUCAUUCAUACAGACUCCUUCUUAAGAGGGUUUCAGAUGUUAUAGUAAGUUUCUCAUGAUUAAUGGAGGCAAGAGAAGUGGCUUAACCAGGCCAGCUGGAAUGAGGCAUCGUGAGUCCUGGUGGUGUCCCCUUUUCAUGAUAACAAAUUCACACACAGGAUUUGCUUUAUACUGUAGAAUACUGACUUUCAUGAUGACGACUUGGUUUAUGCAUGAAUACUGCAGUAUUUCCAUAUAGUAAAAUAACAUUUCUACCCAGGAUAAUAGUCACAGUUUUCCAGGGAGGGAAUGAUAUAAUUUUCAUGACAAUGUCAUGUGAUAUAGAAUUUCUCCAUUGAUGAAUCUCUAGUAUGUGUGUAUACUUUAUUUACCCAUGCGUAUAUUUUAUCACCAUGAGCUGAAGUGGUUUCUUGUAUUCAUGGCCCUGCUGAAGUAUUGGUACUGGCAACUUAGACUUACAAGUUGGCAACUAUAAUCAUCCAUGAUGCUGAUGCCACUAGAGUGGCCAGGCCAGGGAGAAGGUGAGUAAGGAGCUGUGGCAGAAGCCUCAUUCCAGACCCCAUCUGGCAGUGAGCAGCAGCGUUGCGUAGGCGCCGUGCUUGGGACACGCACACGCAGCCACACCCCCGGGCACCGAGGCUGUGCCCUGCUGCACGUGGGCCUGAGGCUUCCGGGCUGCCCCCCCCCCCCCGGCUCAGGGGAGCCCCCCUGGGCCUCAGAGAAGUGCUCCGGGUUUUCACACGCUGUGCGUGUUGUGCUCUGUCCCCCUGAGGUUUGGACACAGAGAACAGGACGUUUCCCACCCGCCACUUCACCUGCAGUCACCUCCCAACUAGUGCGAGAAGCCCGCCUGUUGUCGCCAGCAUUCGGCUUCUCCCUGUGGACGCGGAAAGCCCGUUAGCGCUGGGCACCCCCUUUCAGCAGCCUCACACACAUUCCUGUCCUUCUAGGUUGUUCUGGACUAUGCCCGGCCGUCCCUCCGCGGAAGGAACGCCGGCGACCUUAGACCCACCCCCGCACGCAGGGCGCCAUCCCCAGUGUCGUCCUACUGACAGUUCAAGUGAAUACCCCUCUCUGUUCAUUGGCAACAACCUCUGUUUGACACAUUAAUAAAUUUCUGACUGUCCUUAAAGCAGUGGGGAUGCCUAUACUUUCCUUGCGUUUUUGUGACUGACUUUGGCUAUAUACCUUUCUGGGGUUUUGUUUGUUCGUUUUUUAUUUUUAUUUUGCAUACCGAGGGUAUUUGGGGGUGGGGUUGUUUUUUGAGAUGUGUAAUUCUUUUAUGGAGUUUUUAAAAAAGAAUUUUCAUAUUGUUUUUCUAACAUGGCUUCAUUAAAUGUUUAAGUAUUUUAAAAAUAUGUAAUAUUUGGACCAGAUGUUGUGAAUAAUAGUAGAGAUAAAGCUAUUUUAUUCUGUAUUUUUAAAACUGUUCCGUACAAAUAAAAGCUCUGCUGGACGCA